CGAGACAAUUUUUCGACUGCGGAGACACAAAAUCAGCCCAGAUAUCUAAGACGACCUGAUCAUUUCCAACCCCACGUGCUGGGACUUCAGAUUCGAGUAAAAGCUCCGGCGCCUUUUUGGUCCCUCGUCCCACAGAUCAUGGUCACGGAAUAUGGGAUGGCAAUUGAGAGUAGGAGAGCUUUGAGCUAUGCAGUAUGGCCAGUUUCUAAGCUCGUGACGAUCUCAUCUUGCUGUUAAAUUCGCCGGCUAGGCGAUGGCUGUGCAAUCAUAUCCAAUUGGCCUUUGCGUCUGUCUAAUGUCAUGGACCCUGCGCCGGUGGAAGCCCAUACAAGUUCUGCUCCAAUGAUCGGGGUCGUAGGUCAGUGCUCACGAUGACAUUCCAGGGUGAUUGUGGUCCAGGUCAAGACGUUUCCUUCUCCGGUCGUCCGGGCAUGGUGCAUGCGACCGUUGCGUUAUUAUUGUUCAGAUUAAUAUUCUCCGCUGACAUGGUAAAUGUUCCGUGGGGUUGGCGUUUUCCUCUCCAGAGUCCAGACGAUAAAGAGAACCGGCCAACACGUGGGAGGAUCGGAAUGUCUUAUAGGAGGAGCCGACGCCCGCUCAAGCCCGCCCAAGCCGCCGCCAAGAGUUCUAGAUAUCUUCGACGCCAAGAGUUACGCUCCGCCAAGGGCUUCUGUCCACGUCUUGGCCCGCCAAGUUAUCAAACAAUACGAGACGAACAGGAGAUUCACAAGAACAACCAAAGCAGGGGCACGCCGUAUGAGAUGAUUGUUGUAGAGGGAAGCUGUGUCUCUAUAAUUGACGUUUCUUUUCUCUCUCUCUAUUUCGCGUUUCUAUUCGCUCAGAAUGAAGUCGUGUGUCUGUCAACUGCAUCCCGCGGCCUCGGUUCCAAUGUCGACGCCUCAGAAGGCAAAUUGAGUGCCCAGAGGCGAUGGCGAUUGCCAAGUCGUCUUGGAAAGAAUAGAGUAGGGUUCCGUAUCGCGAAUCAUUCAGGGUGAUAUAGGAACGUGGCAUGGAUGAUAGCCUAGUUCUGACCAGCCAAUCUUUGCCAUCCACUGCCAUGCCACUGCCAUGCCACUGCCAUGUGGUGG